UUUAAUGUCUUAAUGUACUUACUUAGAUGCCCAUGUGCUGCUCAGUUUCAAGUUGCAAGAUGACUCAUGUACUUGCACAGGACAUGAAAAAAAAAAUAAGUUUCUUUUCCUUUCCAAAAGAGACAAAUUUAAAAAAUAUAUGGAUUAAGAGAUGCGAUAGAAAGGGUACCAUGACAGCAAAAAGACCGCGCAUAUGUUCGUUGCAUUUCCGUUCAGAAGAUUUUAAAAGAGACUUACAAUCUGAAUUACAAAAUUUGCCACCAAAACUAAUAUUAAAGAAAGGAGCCUUACCUUCUUUAAAUUUAGGCAAAUAUAAUUUAGAAGAAUGUGCGGUUGAGACUGAAAGAACAGAAAAUGAUGAUUCUGCAAGAACAACAGGCGUGCCACAGCUUAAAUUAAUACUACUGAAUUUACAUGAAGAAGUAAAUGUGUCCACCAACACAGUUGUUACCAAUGUAGAAGACAAAGACGAGCGAAUUAUAUUGUUGAAUGCAGAAAAUCUUAGGCUGAAGAAAACAAUUAUGCAGCAACAGCUGACAAUUAACAAAUAUAGGAAGAAAAUAAAUUCCCUGCAGACGGAAAAUCGUCAACAAAAACAAUCUAUUUCUUUAUUGAAAAGCAAGCAUGUUGAGAAGAAGGUACAAGAUCAAUUUAAAAACAUUUUUACCCCUAAACAACUAGAAGUAAUAUUAAAAAAUAAAAAGAUUGUUCACUGGCAAGAAGAAGACAUUACAAGAGCUUACACAAUUAGAUACUUUAGCAAAAACUGCUACAAUUAUUUGAGAGACGAACUGCAUUAUCCCCUACCUGGUAUUUCAACUCUUCAAAGCUGGGCUGCAAAGCUAAAAAAAACAAGUAUAUAAAAAUGUACGGUGUAUUAAUGCAUAUAGUUGUUAAUAAAUUUUUGUUGUUUUUA